AUGUUUCAGGUUACAAUUACGGGUGCAUUGGGGUUUGAUAGUUUCUUGGUAAUGCGCCAUGGUGCGGGCCCACUACUCAGCAGAAAUACAUCAUCAAAAGCUAAGACUGUUGUUGGCUCUUCUUUAUCUACUAGUGUUGAAGAAAUGUCACUGGGAUAUAAAUAUAGCAAGCCGAGACUCGAUUGUUACUUCUGUAAUGACGUUGUUGCCCCUGUGGAUUCAACAGCUAACCGCACUUUGGACCAACAAUGCACAGUUACACGUCCUAGACUUUCCCCUAUCGCAUCCGCCCUUGCGGUUGAACUUUUGGUUGGGAUUUUGCAUCAUCCUCAUGGGGAUACUUUCUUUGAGGAAUGCCUUAGAUUCCUGAAGGAGGUGGAGUUUGGUGUUCAGGAAUCUUCCAAUCGGUUGCAUAGCCCUGGUAACAUUUGGACUAUUUAUGCAGAGACAGCUUCUGUGUUCUUUAAGGUUCUUCAAUCGCAAACAGGCUUGCUUACUUCUAACCAACUUAUCAAAAAAAUGGAAAGAUUAUUAUAG